AUGGGGAGCCGAGACCCCCGAGUCCACCCUGCUCAUGAGGCCCCCGACUAUGGCAGGUCUCUGUCCAGGGCCCUUGGGGACCUCAGACCCCUUCCAGGCCCGUACACCUGCCACCGGACCUCCGAGCACCCUCCCAAUCCCCGAAUCUUCCCCCACGCCCGGACCUCCGCCACGAGCCCCCUCCAGGCCCGGACCCCCGCUACCCUGCACUCACCCUCCCGGCAGCGCCGUCUCCAGAUGGUGUCGUUGUGCAGGAUGCGACAGAACUUGGUGCAGACCUGGGCCAGGCUGGGCAGGUCAGUGCCGGGCAGCGAGGCGAAGAUCUCCACCAGCAGCUCGGGAGGCAGCUCCAGCAGCGAGCAGCGCGGGGUGUGGGCAGCAAAAGGGCGAGCUGCCGCGUGUGAGGACCGAACCCACCCCCUGCAGACCAUAGGGCUGACGCGCAACCCACUGCGCCGGCUCGCGGAGGCCGCUCUUCACCCAGGAGCGCCUUCAGAACCCCCUCCCCCCGCAAAGAAAGCUCCAAAUGGCCCCCAAGACUGCUGCUCACAGAAGGCGAGAUUAAGUGGCAGGUGGAAGCAUUGCCAACUGUUAAAGCUCUACGAACUAGAACAAAGAGUAGAAGAUGUCCGGCUUAUCCGAGAGCAGCAUCCGACCAAAAUCCCGGUGAUAAUAGAACGAUACAAGGGUGAGAAGCAGCUUCCUGUCCUGGAUAAAACCAAGUUUCUUGUACCUGAUCAUGUCAACAUGAGUGAACUCAUCAAGAUAAUUAGAAGGCGCUUACAGCUCAACGCUAAUCAAGCCUUCUUCCUGUUAGUGAAUGGGCACAGCAUGGUGAGUGUGUCCACACCGAUAUCGGAAGUGUAUGAAAGUGAGAAGGAUGAAGAUGGAUUCCUGUAUAUGGUAUACGCCUCUCAGGAGACAUUUGGAAUGAAAUUGUCACUGUAAGACUAGAAAAAUCCAUCUGUUCUAGAAUUUUUUAAACCCUUACCAACGGGGAAAAAAGGGAUGUUACCAACUGAGAUUGGAUCUGUUCAUCUAAAUCACAGAUCAUCAAAAGAGUAGUGUCUGGCCUAGGAGUUUUAGAAAGUUGUUUUUGUACUUUAAGCAGAAAAACUGAGCUCCAAGCAGGCACAUUCAGCUUUGGAAAACUAUAUUAUUUAACCUAGGCUGUCUUGUUUCAAAGUUUAAAAAUAAAAUACUUUGCAUUCUAACUUACCAAUAAGAUAGAUCUUCAAGUUAUUUUAAUGUUCUUUCCCCAAUAGGAACUUGCAUUUUGAGCAUUCAGAGACAGUAAGUCAGAACCUGCCAACUUCUUAUUGAAGGGUUUCUAUCCAACUAGAGAAAUCUCAAGCAUAGCCCCCCAAACACAUUUGCCAUAAUACAGGCUAAAUAAGAAAACGGUGAACUGCUGUUAAAGGUUCCUGAUUCCUAUCAAGUGUACCCAAGGCAACGCUCUUGCACUGUUAGGAAGUUCUUAUUUGUUCUCCAGACAGUAACAUACAUGAUGACACCACUGCUCAGGGGGAACCUUGAAUAAUUUAUUUUGGUCAAGUUUCUCAAAAGGCCCAGAGGAAAAAAGUGACAUUUCUUCUGUUUUGGAUAUGCUCUGAUCACAGAGCUCAAAAUAGUGCCUGCUUUGGUAAAGAAACAAGCACUUGUAUCAGUUUCAUUCUUUAGGACAGUGGUAGAAACUACAGAAUCCUGCAGAUGAUCCAUGUUUCAUGUUAAGUGUGUGACUAAAAUAUGUUGUUAAAAAGUUACCACAUUUUUUAAAGAGUAUUUCAGUCAUCACUGUUAGGUCAAACCACCAUUGAAAUUCCCCCACUCUAAGCGCAUGUCAAUUGUGAAGAAAGCAGUAAAAGGAGAUAUAUUCUCUUCACAGAUAUUAAUGUCAAAAAGUUAAACAUUUCCCAAGUCCAACCAGAAUAACCAAUACUUCCUACUACCUGCAUGACUAUUAACUAUUUUCAUGGAAAUAUCACAAAAAGAUCACAGACCACUUUAGACUAUAUGUAGCAGGUCAUGAUUUGCCUUUGUGUAUUUAGAUGUGUAUGGAAUACUUGUAUCAGUUAGUGGAAAUUAUUUACUAUAAUGUUGGGAUUAGGCAAUAUUACUGCAUAUGGGCUCCCACCCCCCAACCUCCUAUCACCUACCCCUACUGCUGCAUGCGUCUGUCUACAUGGCUAACUUUUAAUAUGUAUAUUUUUACAUUAUGUACAUUCUUAAUCGGCCUGUCUUGUUUAGAUUGUAUGUCACUAUAUCUGACAUUCUUGUAACUACUGUGUGAUCGAUAAGAUUCCUAUAAGAAAUUCUGCUUUUUAAAAAACAAUACCAUGCUGAGAGGGGUGACAUAUCCCACGUUAGUGGGUAGUCACUCUAUAUUUAUAGGAUCUUUAAAACAAGUACAUUUUUAAAUGAACUAAGGUGAAUAAAGGCACAACUAAAAACUGUCA